GGUCAGUGCGUCUGAUGCUCAAGUCGGAGUCACGUCUCUGUGGAUAAUCUCCUCGAGCUGUUCUUCUGAAUACAUCGAUAUGAAGGCGCUAACGGGGCUGCUGCUGUUGGUCUUUGGUCACGGUGUGUCCUCAGUGCUUCACUCUCUGCAGUAUUUCCUCACGUCGUCUUCUGGACUCCCAACCUUCCCAGAGGUUGUUGCUGUUGCGAUGGUGGAUGGAGUUCAGAUUGGGUAUUAUGACAGCAACAUCCAGGGAAUAGUGCUGAAACAGGCCUGGAUUGAACAGUUCAACAGAGAUCAUCAAGGUGAACUGGAGAUGAUAACUGAAAGGGCUCUGGGUGCCCAGCAGAGACUCAAGGCCAAUAUGUUUGAUUUGAAGAAGCUCUUUAACCAGACAGGAGGUAUCCACAUAUAUCAGAGGAUGGAUGGUUGUGAGUUGGAUGAUGAGGAUGGUACUACUGAUGGUUAUCAGCAGUUUGGUUAUGAUGGAGAGGACUACAUAUCGUUUGACCUGAAGACCCUGACCUGGGUCGCUCCAGUACCUCAGGCUGUCGGCACCAAACAGAGAUUGGAACAGGAUAGAGCUUACCUACAAUACCUGAAGAACUUCUACACCAAGCAGUGUGUUGAUUGGCUGAAGAAGUACCUGUCCUAUGGGAAGAGCACUCUGCAGAGAACAGAGCGUCCGCGGGUGUCUCUGCUCCAGAGGAGCCCCUCCUCCCCAGUGGUGUGCCAUGCUACAGGCUUCUACCCUGACAGGGUGGUGGUGUUCUGGAGGAGAGACGGCCAGGAGCUCCAUGAGCAGGUGGACCCCGGGGAGGUCCUCCCCAACCACGACGGGACCUUCCAGGUCAGCGUGGACCUCAACCUCACGGCCGUCCCACAGGAGGACUGGGGGAGGUACGAGUGUGUGGUCCAGCUGAGAGGGAUCGAGGACAUCUCCACCCCCCUGGACCCCGCCCUCAUCAGGACCAACGGGGGUAAGACUGGUGUUGGAGGGGAUGGAGGGGGGGAACACAUAGGCAUCACCAUCCCCAUCGUCAUUGGGUUCGUUGUUCUCCUCCUCGCUGCUGCUGCUGCUGUUGUUGGAGUCCUUCUGUACAAGAAGAGGAACGCUUCAGACAAGCGACACAAACCAGUUGGUUCUGACACCAGCUCUGAGGGCACUGAGGGGCAGAAUCCGGCUCCUGAGGCCCGACCUCUGACCACAGUUCAAAGUUAAAUCAUGAAGAGGCUUCCUAAACCAGGAUGGAGUGGAUCGCAGUUCACUUAUAAUCGUUACCAACAGGCUUCGGACUUCAGCUAACUAAAGAUGCUAUAUUUGCUGAAUUAAAUAACAUUCAUACUUAACUUUAUUUUGAUAGCAACCAUUAACCUGUAAGAAUUGUAAAUCAAUAGAUCGCUGUAUUUGUGAUAGAUUUGAUUUAGGGCGCACUCACGCUAGCUCCUAAAUCAACGUGCCCAAGUCCGCUUCACACCUGUACCGUGCUCAAGUCUAGAUCGUUUGGCUAGUGUGAGCACGCCAAGCGUACUCAAGUACAGUUCAAAUCCGUGACCCGUGCAGUGCACACUUCGGAGAGGUGUGCUCAUGCCACGGUACAGAUGCUCAUUGGCCGACAUGCGCACACGCACGGCUACGCAACCUGAGCUGGAUGACGUUUAGUCCAUGUGACCCUUCUUUCCCAUUGAACAAUAAACUUGACGGCAAGCGGUUCACGAGUGGGUUCACGUUGGUGCGAUAGUGAAGUUGAGAUUUUGAUUAAAAAUCCCCAGUUCGUCACAGCAUGUGCUUUUUUGUUUCACUGGAGAAGGCGGGGCUGCGCACGGAGUCUAGACCUCUUUAGAAUAAUUUGCAUACUCCUGAAUGUUACAAUUUUUUUAAUGAAUGAAGACAACCGCAUGCAAGAAUAAGUUCAUAUCUGAGUGUAGGCUACAAACGCGAUUAACUAUAUACAAGUGCAAAAACGCCAGCAUAUUCUUUAUUUUGCUGAACACGCAAAAAUAAAUCUUUAUAUUUCUUUCCCGACAAAAGCCUUGUAAGGACAGUUUCUCUGCGUCUCUCUCGUAGAUCGCACCAUCUUUCAACGUCCUUGUAUAAUGUGACUGCACCUUCUCUAACAUGAAAAGCAGCUCGGGGUUUUCACUUUCUCUCCAGUUAGAACUGCUCAUGAUCAUAUCACCCCCCAAGGGAGGACCUUUUUUUUGUAUUCCUAAAUGUAUUUUUACCAAAGAAUCUGGAAUUAGAUUAAAUAUUUAUGUAUUUUUAAUCAUCCAAAUGUAAAAUCCCUGUACUCGUUUUCUCGGCUCUCAUCCGAUUACUUUGGAUCUGACCAAGAGCAGUUCGUACUUUGUGUAGUGCAAGAUGAAUGUUUACAAUGUUGUGCAUUUUAAGUGUUUAGACAGGUAUUGUGUUAGUGUGGCUUUUUAGCAGUUGGACUGCGUCAUAUUAUUUUGUGUAUUUUUUUUUAAUUAUUUUGUUUUAGUGAGCUAGUUAAACAUUGCUUUCUAAGUGUAUCUGCGCUAGCGUUCGCCAUGUUGCGUCCUGCACUGCGACGUUCAAUUCCAUGUAGGCCUAAAUUUCCUUUGUGUUAUGUGUUUGUUGAUGGCGGAUGACCAACCGUUUUCUUUUUGUCUUAAACACUUGACAGGUAUGGUGGUUGCAAAGAACUUAUUGUUAUUCAAAGUGUAUUUCGUAAUUCUGUUUAAUUAUUGUGAGAUUACUUUGGAUUACUUUUUUUUGUCUUAAACACUUGACAGAAACAAUAAAUGUCCAGUGCCAAUGCCAUGCAGUCCCCCAUCGUCUGAGUUC